ACACCAAACGAGUAACAAACUAGAGAGAGAAACAAAACAGAACAAUCUAGAGAGAGAAAGUAAGCAAUGUGUGAAGCCUUGAAAAGCCAGUACCAACUCUGCGAGGAAAUCGGACGCGGCCGUUUCGGCACCAUCUUCCGAUGCUUCCACCCCAUCUCCACCGACACCUUCGCCGUCAAACUCAUCGAUAAAUCCCUCCUCGCCGACUCCACUGACCGUCACUGCCUCGAAAACGAGCCCAAGUACAUGUCCCUCCUCUCCCCUCACCCUAACAUUCUCCAGAUCUUCGACGUCUUCGAAGACGACGACGUUUUAUCCAUGGUGAUCGAGCUUUGCCAACCCUUAACCCUCCUCGACCGCAUCGUCGCCGCUAAUGGAACCUCCAUCCCGGAGGUUGAAGCGGCUGGACUGAUGAAGCAGCUUCUUGAAGCGGUGGCGCACUGUCACCGCCUUGGAGUUGCGCACCGUGAUGUGAAACCGGAUAAUGUUUUGUUUGGUGGUGGUGGAGAUCUGAAACUGGCGGAUUUUGGUUCGGCGGAGUGGUUUGGUGACGGGAGGAGGAUGAGUGGGGUGGUUGGGACGCCGUAUUAUGUUGCGCCGGAGGUUUUGAUGGGGAGGGAGUAUGGGGAGAAGGUGGAUGUGUGGAGCUGUGGGGUGAUUUUGUAUAUAAUGUUGAGUGGGACGCCGCCGUUUUACGGUGAUUCUGCGGCGGAGAUUUUUGAGGCGGUUAUUAGGGGGAAUCUCAGGUUUCCUUCUAGAAUCUUCCGGAAUGUUUCUCCUGCUGCUAAAGAUCUCUUGAGGAAGAUGAUUUGCAGAGACCCUUCUAACAGAAUCUCAGCUGAACAAGCAUUGAGGCACCCUUGGUUCUUGAGUGCUGGUGACACUGUGAAUGUGACAUGAGAAAACUGUGGAGGGUUUUACUGGAAGGAGAUAGAGACAUGACCUGAAGCUACAUGUAGCUAGUUUUGGCCCUUUUGGUCUGUGCUGGAGGCAGAGGAAACAGAGGAGGUUGCUGUAAAUUCUGGUGAUGUGGUGCAAGUAGAUUUUGCUGUUUUUUUCUUGUGUUUUUAGGGUGUAGGGAGGUGAAGACUCUUAGAUGUGAGUUUUAGAGGGUCUUUGUCUUUUGGGGUUUUUCUAUCUUCUCUGUUUGUACUGAAGUGAGAGGUGAAAAAUCUGAAAGGCUUCAAAACUCCUUCAUAAUAGAAGAUAGGAGAUUGAUGCUUUCAAUGUAGCUUUUGUGAAUAUGCAAAUAAAUUUUGGAUCUCUGUA